CUUGAGCCCGCAAAAAUAAGGAAAACAGGAACUUCUCACUUUGGUUUCACUGUUUUGUAUCUGGGUAAGCGUUGUGUGAAAAGUCACUACUUCUAGUUAAAGCGUCCAUCAACACGUCUGGUUCAGUGUUCAUGUUAGUUUGGUUUUUAUGUUUGUUGAUUAGAUAAUACUCGUGAGGGUUAACUCAGUGUCGUUAUCCACAGAAGAGCCACAUGAGUCCAAGUUUCCCCGAUGGAGGUCACGCCUAAAGCAGACAAAUCUGUCAGAUCUGAGUAUUCUCCACCUCUUCAUUCAGAGGAGUCAAGCCCCUGUGAACACAAGGAGGAGAAGCAUCACCAAAAGCUGAGUUCCUCUCUGAGGGAGAGGCUGAAGAGAUCAAGGCGCUCCUUCACCUCGCCCUUCUCUGUGGCCAAACGCCUUUGUGUCGAUGAGAAGGAGAAGGAGGAGGAGGAGGAGGAGGAGAAUGGCCAACAAGUUUCAGCAGAUUCCUGGGAGACUCCACCGAUCAUGCCCAGUGGUGAUGCAGACAGAAAUGGGGAGGAAUCAGGGAGUCAAAGGUUAUCUGGACGCAUUCCCGAACCAACACGCCCUCCUCCUUCCAGAGACUUUACACAACAGCGAGACCGACUGAGGAAGGAGGUGAAAGACAAGAUGGAGACGCUGCGCAGGCUCAAGAUGGUUAAAAUGUACAGGAGCAAGAAUGAUUUAACGCAGCUCAAAACCCUGAUUGACAAGUGGAGGAGCUGUGCUCAGGCUGCACUGUAUGAGCUCCAGUCAGACGUCCCCAUAGAAGGACGAAAGGCCAGCCUGUCGGGGCUUAUUGACCUCUUUGGUCUGGAAGAUGGCAUUCUGCACUUUGACCGCACAGAGGAGGACUUCACUGCCUAAAAUAAUAUGCUUUAAAACCAUCACAUUUCAAAUAUCCUGAGUUAACUGUUUUAUUUUUUUUGCUGCUAUACCAUUCUGUUUCACGGCUUAAUUGUAAAUUUCAUGUUACAAGUUUGCUUGGUAAUAGCGUAAAUAGGAUUGUGUUCUCUGUUGAAGAGA